AUGUCCCGGCUCCGUAAGCUCGACAGAGCGGUGCUUGACACCUCCAGCGAGCUCCUCGACUCCGACGACCAGGCGGCGUUGAUCGAUCGCCUCUCAACAGAAAACAUUCACUCCUACGCCUCCGGCAAGCGGUACCUCUCGCUUGCCCUUCUCGUACAGCUCCCUGUGGUGAUGUACUUGGAGCAUCACCACAACCCGCAGGCUGCACAUGCCCAUUUGCGGGUGCUCCUCAUCUUGCUCUCCAACGUACUCACUCUCGUCAAUCUCCGUGAGUUUGCCGUAGGAGUGGCGUCGCCAGUGCCGAUUGCAGUGCCUGUUAUAGUUGACGUGGUCAAUGGCAUCAUCUGCUGCCAGCUCCUCUAUUCGCUUGGUGCUGGCUGGUCGCUCGAGAAGCUCUACUAUCUACUUCCAUCCAUCAACCUCGGCAGUCUCGUGCUCUUCCGGUGGUGGUACGUCAGUACCAUCCACGAGGUGGAGGCGUUGGGCAAGCUCACCUACAAGUACAAAACUGUGUGA